AUCAGUGUUCCGUUGACUUCUGACCGAUGCGAAACGGGAUAAGAACGAGCGAGCGAGAGUUGUCGUAUUGUGGAUGCGUGUUGUUGCGGGAAGUGAAAGAAAACUUGUGAGAAUUCAUCGAUAAACUUCUGUUGAGUGUUUGGUACUAAAACUGCGAAAAGAGGAUAAUUCUGGAGACCAGUGAUGGUGGUUGGUGCUUAAUUAUGUGAAUUGGAAUAGGUUGAAGUAAUCAUGCAGAAUCAUCUCAACAGCAGUCGAGUGCAGUGUGGAGCCGUUUCGGUACUGUUGGUGCUUCUGAUCACAUCCCAAGUGUGUUCUUUGCAAGGUGACAAUGUGUGCUAUCGAUACGAGAGCUACAUCGAAACGGAAACCAUUCCACGCAAUCAAACGGUGCAGGUACUAACGCGUCAGUGGUGUCUGGAGAUACCGCCUAGAUGCACCUCGUAUCGUACCGAAAUCAAGGAAGUGUUUGUUAAGCAGAACGUCACCAAGACGCGACGCGUUGAGUUCUGCUGUGAAGGGUAUCAGGAACGACGUACCGGAAACGGAACCACCACCGAGUGUCGUCCAAUAUGUCGGGGUGGAUGCAUCCACGGCGAAUGUUUGGCGCCGAAUGUAUGCAGUUGCGAGGCUGGAUUUGGUGGUAAACAUUGUCUGCAGAGAUGUCGAAACGGAACGUGGGGUGUGAACUGUCGGAAUCGAUGCCACUGUCAGAACUAUUCGCAUUGUGACACAAAAACUGGACACUGUCGGUGCAAUGAGGGCUGGAUGGGGAAAUUCUGUGAAACUCCUUGCCCGGAAGGUUUCUUUGGAACGAUGUGUAUCAGCAAGUGUAACUGCACCACGCGCUCUUGUCAUCCGCAGACGGGCAUCUGUAUGCCGGACGAUGAGAUAGUCAUGUUCGACAACAUUACACGCACGAUUGAGAACAGUUACUCCUCCGAAAGCACCGAACGAAUAUCUGCCGAACAGUGGAUCAAAGUCGAUAAUGAAACACUUUGGACGACUAGCAGUACAACGACGGCCCCCGACCUUUCCACGGCCUCUUCUAGCACGGCGAGCACAUCGCACACUUCCCCAGAGAAUCCCACCUCCACCACCACGACGACGGAAGCGACCGGCCAAAUGCUACCGAACGCAACCUACGCCGAGUCUUACCACGAGUACCUGCCAAACAACACCGAGAUGAGCAUGGUCCUCACGAAAGGUCACUCACGAUCGGCCAGCAACGAAAGUGUGUACGAGCUGGUGACGACCACUUCUCGCGUCGAGAUCACCUUCAUCGAUACGGCGGUAAAGAAGAUUGAGGAUCCCUCCACGAUCAACACCACGUCCCAGGGGGAAGAAUUACCCGCCAUUGCGACGGACGGCACGAACGAAACGGACACACAGCUGGUCUAUCUGGAGUCGGAAAAUCAUCCCGUGCUGGUCGGUAUCUCCGGGGACGGUACGGCACAGAGUGAGGCCGCCGAUCGACAGGCAUUCGUCACGAUCUCCUGUCUGCUAAUCACACUUGCCCUACUGCUGUCGGUGGUCGUCUACAUGAAGCGGUUGAAUAGGAAAACGCUUGCAAAACCAGCACCCACUGCACCGCCACCGGUGAAGAUUGUGGACGAGAGUGUUCAGACGGGGAACGAUUCGAAUCGUACGUCCGAUCCCCUUCCCGAUCUGCCACACGUAACGUACACGAGGGUUAAACCGAAACUGCAAAGGAAUGGAGAUAUCGAACACUACGACGUUCCGCCGAACAAUAGCUUCAUCCAUCGGGCUAAAUCAUCGCCUUAUAACUACAACUUUUCGCUCAAUCAAAAGCAACCACCGCGAAAGUAUAGCCUUGAGCAUAUCUACGACGAAAUUCAGUAUCCACCGUUGGCGGAAGUGGGGAACGGCGCGGACCAGCCCGAUAAGUUGACGGUCCAGCUGGAUGUGAAGGAUGACAGCUACUCCAAACCGACGGUUCCCACGUAGCUGUUAGAUUUAAGGUUUGGAUAUUAAUAAACGAGUGUUUUUUUUAAUUAAACAAAGAAAAAGUGA